UAUUUAUUUUUAAAUAAAAACUUGAAACUCUCAAUAGCCAAAAGGAAGACACAAUGAGUCAAUGGUGACUUUAAAUUUUGGACCAAAUCCCACUAUUGUGAUAAUAAAAAAAAUAAAAAAAGGAUUAUUUGUUAGAAAUGACCUUAUAAAAGGUUGUUUGUGUGACAAAGGACCUUAUAUAACAAAAGUUGCAUUUUGGGACCUGAAACUUUAUUUUUUUUGUUGACUAGGACCACUUGUCGGAUUUUUGGAGUUGACUCGUGUUUGACCCCUUGACUUGCACACGUGGCAUGAUAUUCGUUAAAACAAAUUAAAUUAAAAUUUCCCAUUUCCCUCCAAAUCCCAACUGGCCUAUUUAAUACCAAAAAAACAAAAAAAAAACAAAAUGGUUUCAUUUUCUCUCUGCUCGACGCCGUUGCAAGGAACAGAGGAAUUUCGAAGGCAACGCAAACAACCUUCUCCAGUUCAAGUUCCACGGAUUGUAAAUAACACCAACGCGAAUCAGAAAACGGAAAUUUGUGCUUGUGGAUUUCCCGUUGUUCAAAGAACAUCGUGGACACAUGAGAAUCCUGGGAGGAAAUUCAAAGGUUGCAAAUUCUACAACUUUGAAACUGGGCAAAGGGAUUGUAAUGCAUUUGAUUGGGUUGAUGAAUACAUUCUUGGUUGGCAAAAGGACGUUACUAAUCAUCUUCUUUGGGAAAAAGCAGAGGCUUCUCAUGGACAUCAAACUUAUGAAGGGAAGAGUUGAAUUCUUGAAACAUGCCAAUAAGAAGGUGAAUGAGGAGCAUGAGAAGAUGAAGUAUGAGAAGAUGAGCAUGAUUGCAGAAGGAAGGUCGAAGACAGAGAUUAAGAACGAUAAUGUCUAUAUUCUUCUUAGUUUAUGCGAUGUUAUAUCCGUUGUGGUUAGUGCAAUUUAUAUUAAAGUGUUUGGUUAGUUUAGGUGUAGGUGUGUUUCAUCAGCGCGCUUGAUUCAAUUUUGCUUUGGUGUUGUAAUGCGUUGGUAAAUAAUGAAUAAUAGAUAAUGAAUAA